AUGGCUCAAGAUCUUAAAAAUCUAGUUAGAAAUAGAGGUUCUCUUAACCAACGUUUAUCUAUUCUUGAAACCUAUAUUAUUUCAAUUAAAAGCGAAACAAAUUCAGUAGAUAUAUGUAACAUUCAAUCGCGAUUUGACAAUUGUGUAGAUUUGCUUAAUCAAUUUGAUCCUAUACAGGGUGAAAUCGAAGAGAAAUGCGAGGAAAAAGAUAUAGUUUCACAAUUUUCAGAAAGAGAUUCUUUUAAAUCCAGAUAUUUUGCUGCUAUUUCAUUUUUAAAAGAUAUUUUAAAUAAAAAUAAAAAUGAAAAUUCUUAUGUUCAACCUAGUGCUUCAGCCCAUGAUUCUUUGCAAAAUAUAUUACUUCCGAAGCUUCGUCUUGCUUGUUUCGAUGGGGAGUAUGAUACCUGGUUAAAUUUUAAACAAAAUUUCAUUUCAACCAUUCAUCAAAAUACAACCCUUAGUAACAAUCAAAAAUACAAUUUUCUAAAAGCUGCUUUAGAUGGCCAUGCCAAAAGAGCCAUAUUGGGAUGUGAGGAGACACAAGAUUAUCCACGAGCAUGGAAAAUGCUAUGUGAUAAGUUCGACAAAAGAAAUGUCUGGUAG